AUGUGGAAGAGGAAGCUUGCAGCUAGCAGAUGGACUACAAGACUUACCCCUAAGAUGCAAGCAAGGUUAGACAAGAGGAUUACUGAUUGUCAUAGAUACAAGGUGCUUCGAGCCAGUGAAAAGGUAUUUGAGAUCAUAACUAAUACCGGGAAGCAUACUGUAGACUUGGACUCCCAGACUUGCACUUUUCAGUGGUGGAAAAAACACAGCUUCCCCUGCAGUCAUUCCAUGAAAGCUACGGUGCAGAUUGAUGAGGAAGAGGUAUACAAGCACAUCACUCCUUACUACACUGCCGAAUACUGCAGAGGUCUUUACUCAAAACCUAUCUAUCCCAUUCCUGACGGAGACAAGACGGAUAAUAUUUCUCGUAAUAAAUAUGUCAUGCCUCCCCCUGUUGGAACACAAGUUGGAAGAACAAACUUUGUUCGUAAAUGCAGUUACGGUGAGAAAUUUCGCUAG